AAAAUUAUAUUUAUUUCAUCUAUGUCUAUCUUUGAUUUGUAUCUAUUAUAUCCAACGCGCGGUCUAAAAUGUGAUGCAUGUAAUCUUGGAACAAACAACUAUAGUGAUGGAUAUCGUUGCUUCCGUUCUGGACUCUUUUUUCACAAGGAGUGCAUCAACUCUAAUCGAGAUGUUCUCAGCCUCUAUCAUCCACAACAUCCUUUAGAUUUAAAGGUAGUUGCAGAAAAUGAAGAUGUACAUGGAGAAUGCAAGCUUUGUAGAGUGCUUGAUGAUCGGUUUCCUUAUGCAUGCAACAUAUGUGAUUUGAAAUUUCACAAAGAUUGUGCCGAAUCUACACCAGAGCUCAACUACUCUUGUCAUCCCAAACACCCUCUCAAGCGUCUGACGCGUGUUCCAAGUUACAUUGAUGGAAAAUGUUGCUUGUGUGGAAGCAAGCUUCAUAAUUUAUUUUAUCACUGUUCUAUCUGUGAUUUCAGCGUGGAUGUUGAUUGUGCAGAGAAUCCACCUCUUUUCACUCUUGUCCACCCCAAAGCUCAUGUACAUCCACUCACUUUUUUGCCGCAACGCAUUUUUGUUUGUAAUGCUUGUGGAAUAAUGGAUGAUGAUCCAAAUCCUUAUGUAUGUCUCCAAUGCAAUUUCAUGGUCCAUAGAAAUUGUAUAGACAUACCACGCAUCAUCAAAAUAAAUCGCCAUAUUCAUCGUAUCAAGUACAAUCAUUGUCUUACCCCUGGAGAUUGGACAUGUGGAGUGUGUCAGAAAAAGAUAAGCUGGACAUGUGGAGCUUAUUCUUGUUCAAAAUGUCCUGAUUUUGCAAUUCAUAUGAGAUGUGCCACAAGGUUUGGCAUUUGGGAUGGAACUGAAGUUGAAGACAUAUUAGAAGAUACUAUAGAUCAUCUUAAAUCAUAUGAGGUGAUCGAAGAAGGAGUAAUAAAAUAUUUCAGUCACGAGAAGCAUAAUUUGAAGCUCAGAGAAGAGGGUGAUGCUAAUGAUGAAUGCAUGUGGUGUGAAGCAUGCACAUAUCCCAUAUUUUGUAGCCCAUUCUACGAUUGCAUGGAAUGUGAUGACUUCAUCAUUCAUCAGAAAUGUGCUAAUCUCCCAAGGAAGAAAAUAGAUUCCUUCUACAAGAUGCCGAUGAAUCUAGUCCCAUCAGUUGAUCAGUUAAAUUUCUGCCAGGCUUGUCAAAACUAUUUUCAAGGUUUCAUGUACAGAAGUGAUGAUGGCAUGGUUGUCCUCGAUGUGCGAUGUGGUUCUAUUUCUGAGCCUUUUGUCCAUGAAAGCCACCCUAAUCAUUCGUUAUACAUCAGUUACUCAACAGGAGACAAAUUCUGUAAUGCUUGUGGAGAUAAGGCAACUAUGUUUUUAAGCUGUGAUUGUGAAGAGUGUGAAUUUGCUUUAGACAUUAAAUGUUCUGUUUUGCCAAAGAUGGUUAAACACAAGAAUGAUAAAGAUCAUUUUCUGACUCUGUGUUACGAAGGAAAAACCAAGGAACAGUACUGGUGCGAUAUAUGCGAGGAAGAUCUAAACCAAGAAAAUUGGUUUUAUUCAUGUGAUCACUGUGACAUCACUUUUCACGUCAAAUGUACGCUUGGGGACUUAUGGCUUAAUCCGGAUUUUAAUUAUAAAUUAUAUGGAUUUGAGGUGAUUCCAAAUAAUAGUGUAAGUCGACCAGUUUGUGCCGGGUGUGAUUCUCGCUGUCGAUUCCCCUUCACUUUGAAGUUUACAGGAUAUUAUACAGUGUGUUCUGUACAGUGUUUCAGCCGUGUUUAUACUGUGACUUCUAAAGAUUCGGCUUCCUAGUGAUUUAUGAAUAUGCA